GCGGACGAGACGAGAGUUAAGAGCCAAAAUAUCGACAUCGCGGGAGAUUUAAACCAAGAUGGCGGUCAAUGAAGAGUUUUGGCAGACUUUGGAUAAUUUUAGAGCAACUAUUCUUUACUCCGGCGACCUUGAAGCGCCAGCCACGGUACCCACACGAAGCCAGGACCACAGCAGGGAAGUGGUGAAAAGGUGCGAGGGGAUCAUGGAAGGAGUUGUAGCAAGUCUGGCCAGAGGAGAGCCGCCCGUGUUGAGAGUGCCACGCCCGCAGAGAUCCCUCACACCUGCGUCAUCAUCAACAGCAUCAGGAGGUGGAGAGAGUCUUGUAAGCCUUGGGUCCACACAAAGCUGUAGAAAAGUGAGCCUUCUCCUCCACCUCCUCAGUCAGGUGUACAGACUUGUGGGUACUGACAGCUACGCCACUCGAAGGGAUGCAUUUUAUGAGUUCGUGUGGCUGUACAAGACUCAGAGUACCUUGGACAGAGCGGCAGAGGACCUGACAAGACUGCUGGGGGUGCCUCGUAGGGCGCUUCACCUCACAGCCACUGGGAAGGGCCUGGUUGCUGGCUGCCUCAGGUACACAACACACGAUGGUACCCUUGUUGAUGCCUCGCAAGCUAGCAAUGGUGUGGGGGUGCCGGAGUGCGUAGCGGGCCUGACAGACAUACAGACAGACAGUCGCUACGUGUUGGUGGUGGAGAAAGACGCUACCUUUCAGAAACUCCUGGAGACGCAUUUCCUUCGCUCCUUCGGUCCUGCCAUCUUAGUCACGGGCAAAGGGUACCCGGACCUGAAUACAAGACAGUUGGUGUUCAGGCUGAGGCGGGACCUGCAGCUGCCAGUUCUCGCUCUUACUGACGCUGAUCCUUAUGGUCUUCACAUCGCUGCUGUUUAUAAGUUUGGCGCCCUGGCGAGGGAGGAGUCAGGUCUUUCAGUAGGCAGCCUGGCUUGGCUUGGCGUCCUGCCCACUGACCUGCGCUCCCUACAGCUCCCCGCCCACGCCCUGCUGCCUCUCACGCCCAAAGAUCACGGCAAGCUGGCCUCCCUCGCCGCCCACCCCGCCCUUAGUAGACACCCGGCGUGGCUGCGACAGAUUGAAGAGCAAUUUAGAAUCGGAUGCAAGGCUGAAAUACAAGGAUUGACACACGUGGCUCCUGACUACCUGACUAUCACCUACCUGCCAACUAAGCUCAAGAUGGGGGGUGGGUGGCCUGAGGAGGAGGAGGAGGAGGAGGAGGAGGAGGAGGAGGAGGAGGAGGAGGAGGAGGAGUAGACAAAAUUAGUUGUUAUUCUGUCUUCCUUAUUUGUGUUCUGAGUUUAUUUUUUUGUUCCUUGGAAGAUAAACAGGAGGAGGAGGAGGAGGAGGAGGAGGAGGAGGAGGAGGAAGAAGAGGAGGAAGAGGAGGAGGAGGAGGAGGAGGAGACAAAAUGAGUUACUAUUUCGUCUUUUUUAUUUGUUAUUAUUUUGAUUUCUCAUUUUUGUUCCUUGGAAGAUAAACAGGAAGAAGAGGAAGAGGAAGAGAAGAAGAAGGAGGAGGAAAAGAAGAAAAAGAAGACGAUAACGGAAGACAGUGGG